UUUGCGUGCCUUCCGACCUGGCUAGCGGAUUUGAAGGAUAUGCGAGUAUGCGCGCGUACCACACACACACACCUGGAGGCGUGUCGCCGACUUCUUUGUUGCGUGGAGAGGGCGUGCGGAAGCGGAAAUACGAUCGACGAGAACGAACAUAAGAUCAAUCUUGGUCGACGUGGUGCACAAGCGGGCCCCGAACUGGAGGGGCCCUCUGGUGCCGAAGAUGGCAUCCUUCCCAUCACCGUUAGCCCCAGUCCCGCUUCUACAUCCUCGCAGGAGGAUGCUUGCAAACCACCACCACGCAAUUGCUAUCGUCUCGUCAUGCUCGGCAGCGCUAGGGUCGGCAAGACCGCCAUUGUAGCACGAUUUUUAUCCAACAAGUUCGAAGAAAGUUAUACACCCACGAUCGAGGAUUUUCACAGGAAGCUUUAUAGAAUCAGAGGCGAAGUGCAUCAACUUGAUCUCCUGGACACCAGCGGAAACCAUCCCUUUCCUGCCAUGCGACGAUUAUCCUUCCUAACCGGAGAUUUGUUUGUGGUGGUGUUUAGUAUGGACUGCCGAGAAUCUUUCGAAGAAGCAAUCAGAUUGCGAGAAGCGAUCAUCGAAACGAAGAUGAGCGCUGCUCAAGGAGCAACCAAAAGUAGAAACAAGAGUCAUUACAGCUUAAAGGUUCCUAUGGUCAUUGUUGGAAAUAAAUGCGAUAAGGAUACAAAAAGCGUCACAAUCGAGGAAGCUGAGGAAUAUUGUGCGAGCCAGGACGACUGUUGCGUUUUCGUCGAAGUUUCCGCUAAACGAAAUUACCACGUGGACGAACUUUUCUAUCAGCUUUUCGUCGUAGCCGGCUUGCCGUUAGAAAUGGCACCGAAUCAUCAUAGAAAAGUUCCUCUUACUUUUGGCUCACCCACCAUGCUACCCCCAUCGCAGCCAAAGCACAAGGCAACUUUGAGCAUAAAGCGUCGAUUAAGCGACGCCUGCGGCGUCGUGGCGCCUAACGUGCGACGGCCCAGCAUAAGAACGGACCUGAUGAUCAUGCGAACGAAGACGUGCUCGCUCGCGGCAGGAAACGAAAACAACACACCGGGAUCGAGAAUCAUUUUAAGAUCUUCCGAAGUCGGCAGAACCUGUUCAAUACAGUGAUAUUCGCGCUAAAUUAAAUUCCCAAAUAACGAAUCGAUAUAUUCGUCGAAACGAAAUAAUAAUGGAUGAAAGAGAGAGAGAGAGAGAGAGAGAGAGAGAGAGAGAGAGAGAAAGAGAGAGAAAGAGAGAGAGAGAGAGAGAGAGAGAAAGAGAUUAAGCUUUUAAAUAAUGAACAAUCCCGCCUAACGAAAGGAUAUUUGCAAACUAUAAAUAAUAAAAGAAAAAAGAAAUCAAUAAAAAUAUAAAAAGGGGAAAAAACCGACCACGCUGCUCGCCUUAAUUAAUUAAUUAAAGCACUAGUGUAUUUAACGUAGUGUGUCGAAGGUAAUAUGCCUGAUUAAAAUUAUAAUGAGCACGAGAUAAAAAAAAAAAUACUAAAAAAUAAAAAAAAAAAAACAUAAAAGAUUAAAGAAAGAUAGAAACGAACAAAAAUAAUAUAAAAAGGGGAAAAAAAGAAAGAUAGGAAUAAACGGAAUAUUCCAUCGUCUCCUUUGACGCGAAAAAAGGUAGAUAAUCUGAAGGAAAGCGUUUGAGAAAGUAAGUAAGUUAGUAAGUACAUUUUCUCUCGCGAGAGAAAGAACAAGAAAAAGAGUCCCUUUGUAAUUCGAAGAUAUUUAAGAGCACACUUUAUAUUAUUUUAAUUAAAUCACGAUCUUCGAAUAAAACGGAUAAAAGGAGGAGUGAGAAAGAAACACACAAAAAUUCGAAAAGUCCAGAGAGAUUCUUGUAAUUUUUUUUUUCUUUUUAAUUUCAUUUCGAACAAAUAAGAAAGGAAAGGCAACUGAAAUUCGUAGAGGAUAGGAGAUUCUUUUUACUAUAGAACGUCAAACCGACGUGAACCAAUUACCGUAUACGUGUAAAUAGAUAACGAUAAUGGAUAUAAUGAUACUUAAUAUUUACAUGGUGGAUUAACAUUCGCGAUAAAACCAAGAAAGGGAGAAUGAAUUUUUGGAAAAGAAACAAAAAUCGUCAACUUUCUCAAUUGUACUACGAUUGCUGAACCACUCUGUAUAUUAAAAAAAAAAAAA